AUGACUUUCCUAGUGGUCAUCUUCCUGCUCUCCCUCCUGCACGCUGAGUCUGCCAGAAGCAAAUACCCGCCCAAAGAAGCAAUUUUGAACCCUGUGUUUGGACCGAGGGAGGUGAAUGGUUUGCUGGAUGGAUCAGUUACUGUGAAAUGCUUCUACCCCCAAACCAAGGUGAACAGGCACGACAGAAAGUAUUGGUGCAGGGAGUCAAUGAGGAGCUGCCAGACCAUCAUCUCUUCCAACGGCUACACGGCUGCAGGCUACCAAGGCAGAGCAUCCAUCACUGACUACCCCGAGCAAGGCAUAUUCCUAAUCAAUAUUUCACGGCUAGCACUGGGGGACAGAGGCACUUACCGAUGUGGUCUUGGUCUCAAUGGCAGAUCGCUCUCCUUCCAAGUCAAGGUGGAUGUUUCUGAAGGUCCAAACAUACCUGAGGAAGCCGAACUCUUCUACGUGGAGCGCCAAGGCUCUGUGACCAUGUCCUGCAGCUUUGGUGCAGAGUAUGCGAGCGAAAGGAAGUACUUGUGCAAGAUGGAGAAAUCUGGCUGCCGAAACAUCAUCGAUACUUAUGGGAAGGUGGAUGAAGAAUAUGCAGGGCGCAUUUUGCUGAGCAGUCAGCAACCUGCAGGGACGUACAGCAUCAUGAUGACUCAGCUGGCCUGGGAGGACUCAGGGCUGUACUUGUGUGGUGUUGGGGUAUACGGAGAGACUGGAGAAACUAAGGAACUGGAUUUGCACGUCUAUGAAGGGACAGAUGUUCCUCAAGGAAAACACACAAUAUUUGGAGUGAAAGGAGGUUCGGUAGUUGCUGAAUGCCACUACAAUCCUAGAGAAAUAAGCUCAGUGAAGUACUGGUGCAAGUGGAGAAAAAAUGGGUGUUCUCGGAUAAUAAGUAGCUCUGGGUUUGUGUCAGACUUGUACGAAGGAAGAGUAAUCUUACACGAUGACGUGGAGAAUGGCACAUUUACCAUCACCCUGAACCAGCUGGCAGACAGUGACGAAGGCUACUACUGGUGUAUGACAGACGAGAGCAGAGAAAGGAAAUCAUCAAAGGAGCUGAAGAUCAUAGACGGGGAACCUAGUUUGACAGGAAAGAAAGAAGUGGAAGCAAAUGUAGGUUCGCAGGCACAUUUAGCUUGCUCUUACCCAUGCAAGUACUACUCCUACGAGAAGCACUGGUGCAAGUGGACCAGCAACGGCUGCACGCCUCUGGCAGCUUCCAACCAAAGCCACCCGCAGCUGAAAAUUGACUGUGACAAGGACAACAAGACACUUUUCCUAAACUUUGACCCUGUGGCACUGACAGACCAAGGCUGGUACUGGUGUGGAGUGAAACACAAGGGCAUCUACAGGGAAACCAUGGCAGUGUACCUACGAGUACUUGGAGGUGACGCCGCCAACCCCAGCCCGGAGCUUUUGGACGUCGACGCUCCCGCCGAUGGCCAAGGCGCCGUUAUUCCCCAAGGCCGGGCCAGCAGCGGCGGUGGAGCGGAAAGCCCGGCCGUCGCAGACAGCUCCGGAGAAGGCCGCGGCUCGAGCGUGCUCCUUUCCGCCCUGGUCCCCGUCGGUGCUGCGUUCCUGAUCCUGGGCACGGUUUUUGCUGUUUACAAGUACAGACAGGUGAAGCGAUCUGACCUGGUUUCCGUCGGGAGCUACAGGACGAACAUCAGCAUGUCGGAGUUCGAGGGCACCAGGGAGUACGGCGCGAACGACAACGCCUGCAUGAAGGAGAGCCAGGAGAUGCGCAUCGGGGGCGACGAGUUCGUAACCACCGCGAGCGAGGCUGAAUGCGCCGCCGAGGCCAAGAAGGCGAAAAGGAGCUCCAAGGAGGACGCCGACGUCGCCUACUCGGCUUUCCUGCUGCAGGCGAGCGCCGUGGCGCAGGGGCCCGCGGCCGAGGGCGGCGGGGACGCGGUGUGA